AUCGAGUUGUUCCCCUUUCCUUGACUUGCUUGUGGGGAAAUAACAUGCGGUGGUCAAAAUGUUUAUAGGUCCAGUGGCCAUGAUACAGACGAUUAUUUUCUGUAUUUCUUCAAUCCAGCACAUGAUGAAGUUUUUGAUUGAUAAAGAUAGCAGAGGAGGAGAGAAAGAGAAUCACCCCCCUAAAUUACCGGACUCUAAGAAAGGAUGUGGAUGUUGCAAUAAUUGCUCUGUGUCAGUGAAACAAACAGCAAUUACAUACGGAGGAAUAGAUGCACCUUUCAUGAUGUGUUUUAAUCAUAGACCAUAUCUGUGUGCAUAUGCUUGUCUUGAUUGCAAAGUCCCCGUCUGUUUGAAAUGCACAAAACAAGAACAUAACAAACACAAGAUAGGUGAACUAUUUGAACUGAUGGAGGAAGCAACUGCUGCCAAGAAUGACCCAAAGAGAUUGUACCAUUUAAAAGAUAUUCCCUCUACAGACUGUUCUACUUGGUCUGAGCUACGAAAGGGCUAUGGAAUCAUACGAACUCGAGCUAAAGAACAGGCAAAGAUUCUCCAUUCCAUGGUAAAUGAAAUUCUGCGAGAAACUCUAAAUUGUACAAAUGAGAUGGAAUUUAGAGAUUUGGAAUAUUUGAAAAAAGUUGAAAAAGAAUCGAAUUUAUUAAAACCGUAUGGUGAGGAUGAGUUCCCCAAUAUAGAAGGAGUAUUUACUUAUAGAGAUGAAGAAGGCUUUGGAAUUAAGUCUGAUUACUCAGAGACUAAAUUCAGAGCACCCAGAUUUCUCGAAGGUAUACCAAAUAGCAAAGAAAUUAAAGCCCAAUUUGGCAAUCUUAAAUCAUCAAUAAUCGAGAGAAGAAGACAAAAAGAGAGAAAAUUAAUGUUUAAACCAAAACUUUUAUUUGACAUCGAUUCACGAUCUAAGUACACUCUUUAUGUGAGGUAUUAUCAUUCAAACAGGAUUCUUCAAAGUGGAACAGGUCCAGAAUUGUACAUUUUUAACGAAGAAGGAGAAUGUUUAGAUAACGUUCAAACAAAAUCUGGACACGGUAUGCCGACAGGACUAGCAGUGAUGUGUGAUGGAACCAUACUGUACACUGACUAUAAUUACAAACUUAUUAGAGCGAUAAAGUCAGAUAAAUCUAUAGAGGUACUUUGCCACACAGAGGGCAAACCAAAUGGCAUUUGCUGCACACGAUCUGAUGACAUCAUCGUUUGUCUUCAAGAUUGUCCCCAAGGUAAGGUCGUCCGACGCGACCGAACAGGAAACAUAGAAAGAGAAUUCGAACACGAAUUCUUGAAGGAUCCAACAGCAGUGUGUGAAAACAUUAACAAUGACAUCUGUAUCACGGAGGAAAGCAUGAGGAACGUUAUAGUGACCGAUGUCGAUUUUGACCUAAGAUUCAUGUAUGAUGGAAACCUGAAACUCGGCACUUUCAAGAAAUUUACUCCCCGUGACAUAUGCUGCGAUACUUUUGGACAUAUCCUUAUUGCUGAUUUCAGCAAUCGAGUGAUCCACAUGAUUGACGAGAAUGGUCACUUUAUGCUUUACCUUCUAACAAAAGAGGAUGAUCUUUCUUACCCACAUGGACUUUGUGUAGAUGGUGAAAACAGACUGUGGGUGGCUGAAAGAUUUUCGAAGAAGAUUAAAGUUUUCCAGUAUUUAUUAUCUUAAAACAUUAUAGUCUCUAGCCAGUUUACAAAGAACCGGAUAGUAAACAGUUGGCAUAAAAAAGCUUUCUUAAGAAACAAAAACACAUUUUUUAAAGUAGAUUUAAAAAACAGUAAUAAUGACUACAAAAAGAAAUUAAAUGGGUUGUUUCCUAUAAUAUUUAUUAAAAUGCAAAAAAAAAAAAAAUAUAAAAUAAAUGAAAAAUAAAUAAAUUACCUUGUUGAUUUCCGUAUAAGGCGUUAUUUUUACUGCUGUAAAUUUUUACCAAUUUUGGUUUAAAAAAGGUGAUUUAAAUUUUUACGCGUUAAUUUUUUACGAAUAGACCAUGUCCGUGAAAAUCAUCGGAUCAACAUACAGCAUACUUCAGCAAGAAAUGUGCUACAUCAUCUGCAAUGAAUACUAGUAGUUGUUGAGAACAAAUGCAAAAAAAUUGCUAUAUAUGUAACGAACAGACGCACGGAUAAACAUGAAGUAGACAUCGGAUAAUCCCUUCCUGUGGCAUGCCUCUGAAAAGAAUGUGGUAAAAUUUCAAGCAUCUGCGAUGAGAAGAUGCCGAGAAAUCUGCGACGAAAAUUUUUAUGUAUGGUACGGACAGACGCACGGAUUAACAGGAAGAAAACAUCGGAUUUGCACAAAAAUAAAUCUCAUCAUAUGGCAUGCCUCUGCAAAGAAUGUCAUAAACUUUCAAGAAUCUGCGAUGAGUAGUUGCUGAGAAAACUGCGACGAAUUUUUUCAUAUAUGGAACGGGCAGACGCACGUAUAAACAGGAAGUAGACAUCGAAUUUGCAAAUAAAGCACAUAUUAUGGCAUGCCUCAGCAAAGAAAGUGCUAAAAUUUCAAGCAUCUGCGAUGAGUAGCUGCUGAAAAAACUGCGUCCAAAAAUUUUUUAUGGACAGACACACAAGGGUUAAACAGUAUACCCCCUCUCCUUCGGAACGGGCUAUAAAAACCCAAAUGCAGGUGACAGGGGUAUAUUGGUACACAAGUAGGGGAAGUUAACAAUUGAAAUCACCACGUUUAUCAUAAAGAUUUGUUGUAAGUCUACCAUUAAAGUAUUUUUUUUCAAAUAUUAAACAGUUGUACCAGAGUCUGUAGCAUAUUCAAGCUUACUAGUUUAUUUCGACUCGACACAUGAAUGGAGGUAACUAUCGUCGAGUUGAAGAACACAGCAAUUUUUUCCCUUCAAUUGAAUACCAAAAUACGGGGGCGCAAUCCCAUAAAAAUUCCAAUUGGAUUGAUUGAAUAAAUGUUGGUUUACGUCUUAUUCGAUAAUUUUUCACUCAUAUAGAAACGUCACCAUAUACCGGAGGAA